AUGGCAUCACAAAACCCACCACAGUCUCAUUUCUAUGAUCACCUUCCUUUCAUGGCAAACAAGUUAGGUGGAGAUGGCUUGAUAGAUGAACUAUGUAACGGGUUCAAUCUUUUGAAGGAUUCUAAUAAAGGUGUCAUUACUUUUGAAAGCCUAAAAAUGAAUUCAGCUUUGCUAGGGUUAAAUGGUUUCAGCGAUGAAGAUCUUUUGUCUAUGCUAAUGGAAGGUGAUUUUGAUGGAGAUGGUGCUCUUAACCAAAUGGAGUUUUGUGUCUUGAUGUUUAGAUUGAGCCCUGAACUUAUGGAGGGCUCUAAAUUGUGGUUGGAAGAGACCCUUCAACAUCAAUUUUGA